AUGGAGAAGAGUGAGAAACCGAAGCAUUUUGUGCUGGUUCAUGGAGCAUGCCACGGUGCAUGGUGUUGGUACAAAGUGGUGACUCUUCUAAGGUCCAAAGGCCACCGAGUCACAGCCCUUGACAUGGCAGCUGCAGGUGUUCAUCCUAAGCGUUUGGAGGAGCUCACCUCCUUCUCCGACUACUGCAACCCAUUGCUGGAAUUUAUGGCGGCUUUGACGCCAGAAGAGAGGGUGAUUCUGGUUGGCCAUAGCCUUGGUGGAUUUUGCAUAUCCCUUGCCAUGGAAAGGUUCCCUCAGAAAAUUGAAGUUGCUGUUUUCAUCUCAUCCUUCGUGCCUAGUCCUGAUACUGACAUUCUUGCCAUUCGUCAAGAGUAUCACAAACAGCUGGAUUACAUGGAUAGCCAAUUUACAUUCGGAAAUGGAGCGGACAAACUUCCCACGUCCUUCCUCUUUGGUCCCAAGUUUUUAUCUAGUCAGUUUUAUCAGUUGUCCCCUCCUGAGGAUAUGUCUCUUGCAACCUUGUUGAUGAGACCAGUAGUUUUCUACCAUAGACCAGAAUUUCAGAAAGAAAUGGCUCUUUCAAAAGAAAACUAUGGUUCAGUUCCGCGUGUUUAUUUGAUUUGUGAAAAUGAAAAUAGUAUAAAGCAGGGAUUCCAGAAGUGGGUGAUUGAAAAUAAUCCAUGCGAUGAGGUGAAAAUGAUUCCUGGUGCAGAUCACAUGGCUAUGUUCUCUAAACCACGAGAACUGUGUUCCUGCCUGCAAGAGAUAGCAGAAAAAUACUGA